AUGUGGUUUAUCUUUGUCGUCAUCAUAGUUACUGGGAAUCUUCUCAAUUCAUCUUCUAUCUCUGUUCCUGUUCGGUGUGCAUGCUUCCAAUCUAUUCGACCAAAUGUUUCAAUGAUGUUGCUGCAACUCAUUAGCGGCAAGAAAGAUGCUGCCAGAAACUUUGCUUGUGGCCACUACACAAUUGGCAAGGAGAUCGUCAACUUGUGCUUAGACUGUAUCAGAAAGCUUGCUGAUAACUGUACUGGUUCUGGUCUUGGUUCUCUCCUUCGGGUGCGUCUGUCCGUUGAUUACAGCAAGAAAUCCAAGCUAGCUUUUGAACCCUCUUCUAUGAUGGCCAAGUGCAACCCUCGUCAUGGCAAGUACAUAGCUUGUUGUUUGAUGUACCGUGGUGAUUUCAUGCCCAAAGACAUCAACGUUGUCGUUACCACCAUCAAGACCAAGCGCACCAUUCAGUUUGUGGACUGGUGCCCCACCGGAUUCAAGUGCGACAACUUAAUAUGA